CCUGCGCUCCACGCAUGCGCUCCUGAGGCGACCCGUUAGCCGUGUCCGAACUGCUUCCUCCUGCAGAUCGGCCGUCGCUGCGAGUCCCCAUCGCCGACGGGAUGGUACCCCACUUUGGCGAGGCGAAAUCGCACGGUGGCGCCCUGUUAGCAAGCCCGAUGUUGGGAACUUGUGCGUGCCCACUGCUCGAGGUUCGGCCAUCCAGAGGACUCGUGGAUGAAAAGUUUCAAAUCGCCGUAGAGAAUUUACCGCCUGCCCACAAAGUGACCCUGCACUCACUGCACCAGUCUGAGGAUGGCGACUUCUGGGAGGCGUUUGGGUUCUACGUUAGUGACGCUGAUGGCCGAGUCACGGCAGACCGGCACGAAAGCCUGGGGGGCACGUACGAGGGGGUCGAGCCCAUGGGCUUGUUGUGGAGCUUGAGGCCAGUUCCGGGAAGCAGGACGGGACUACGCUUGCGAAAGAAGCAUGUGGCUUCUCCAAUGGUGGUCUGCAUCUCGAUGUACGAAGGUCACGUCAGCCAGAGGUUCGGGGAGCUGGUGGCUUUGGCGUGUGCCGUCACCGAGCGCUGGUACAUGGGCCCCGGUGUUCGCAGGGUGGACGUCAGAGAGGGUGGGGUCACCGGGACCCUCUUCCUGCCUCAAGGUCCUGGACCCUUUGCAGGUGUGCUGGACAUGUGGGGCGGGGGAGGGGGGCUGGUGGAGUACCGUGCUGCCCUCCUGGCCUCGCAUGGAUUUGUCACCAUGGCACUGGAGUACCUCCCUGCAGACGAGUCCAGAACCGCUGAUAUCGAGUUUGGCUAUUUCGAUGCAGCCUUUAAAUUAGUGCAAGAGCACCCCCUUGUGGCCAGAAACAGUGUUGCAGUGCUGGGUCUGUCCUUCGGAACCUCUGUAGCCUUAUCCAUGGCUGCAUUCUCUACAGUUGUCAAGCCCAGGUGCUGCGUAUGUAUCAGCGGCAGCCACGUCCAUCCCAUAAACAAACCCAUUCUUUCAGUUUUUGAGGAGAUUAAGGAAAAUUUCCAGAAAACACGUUUUGAUGAAAACAACUAUUUGAUCUGGAGGGACGUGAUUUUGCCUCUGCCAUCUGAGCCUAGCAUGAAAGUAGAUGUUGGGAGGAUCAGGUGUCCGUUACUGGUGAUCGUCGGGCAGGAUGAUCAGAACUGGGCCACGGUGGAGUCGGCAGAGGAUAUGCAGAAGAUGAUGGAGGAAGCUGGGAACAGCCACCUCCUGACCAUACUGUCGUACCCUGGAGCCGGACAUCUCAUUGAACCACCCUAUAGUCCUCAUAUCCGUGCCAGUAACUUUGUUCUGCGUGGGGACAAAGUCAUUAUGCUGUGGGGGGGGCAAACCAAGCCACACGCAGACGCCCAGGAAGAUUCCUGGAAGAAGAUCCUGGAGUUUCUGCAGCUGCACCUCUAUCACAGCCAGGACCCUGCUCCCCUCGCCAGGCUCUAAGCUCGCCCCCGCCACAGCGAAAGUCUGGAGGUGGACGGUGACACUGUGGCGAACUCAUCCGCCAAAAAAAAGGCUUCAGACCAGGUUAUACUGAAGCCAGUGUUUUAUAAAAUCCUUUCAGGUUCCGUUAAUAAAUGUCAAAGUGAGGGACUGAGAAUAAGGAACAUACAGCAGACCAGCAGUCCUAGCUGUGGAAUUCUGCUCCAUCAGAACCUAAUGAGGUGAGCUGCUGGAACUGCUCUAAAUAAGGUAUUAUUAUGAUGGUGUCCGAAUACACCUGGCGGCAAACAGAAGGAACCUGAAGUCCUCCAGGCUGCGUGCUUCUUCAUGGAAGACGGUUCCUAGCUUCUGCCUUUUCAAACUGACGUUUGUUACUUAGUAGUGGAUAAUGAAGUGACUGCAGCAAAUGUCUCACGUCAAUGCAGUAAAACUAUGGUACCCAGUAUUAGAAAAAUAACACUAUUAAACAUUUACGCUAAAGAAAGUCCUUCCCCUUGUUCCAGCUGUUAUUUACUUUGUGAUCUCUUGUGCUGUCUGGAAUAUCCGACAUUACAGUGUGUUAAAAUUGCAGUAAUCAUUAGCGGGUUUGUGUAUGCGUGUAUAAAAGGAUUAUACAAAAUCUGUUAUAAUUCUAAAUUAUAAUUAUAUAUACAAUUGUGUUUUUCCAGAGUAAUGUUAAGAAAUCUGGAAGAUUUAACUGUCUGGUAGUGCCUUGGUCCUCAUCGGAUACGCAAACUUUUACUGUAAACUCUCUUAUGGAUACAGUUAAAUAACUGCCUUUGUGUGAUUUAGUUUAAAUGUGAUUUUUAAAUGCAUUUCAAUGAAGUAAGAUAAUUGCUACAGACUGGGAACUCUUCAUAAUGAUAGUUUUGUUCUAGAAUGUAGUAUAUAGGUUUUUUUCUGUAAUAGAAGAACGAAAUAUCAACUUUAAAUAAAACAUCACUUACACUACAAAA